AUGGCACCCAAGAAAGAUAAAGGAGGGACGGUGACCACCGACAACUCUAAGACCUGGGAGCCGGCACUCAUUGCUGAACACUUAAAUCAGAACGAUUGGAAAGCCUCUAUCGCUUUUGUGAUUGGGAACCAGACUGAGGAUGAGCUUCCCAUCCAAGCCCUCACCCUGGCUGUCCGGGCCCCUCAGCGUAAACUCUUCAGUGUGGUCUCAUGGCAAGACAUUCUACAGCAGAUCAAUGAUGUGCAUCAACAUUUUGAUUCUACAGCUAAGAAGGGAAAGAAGCCUGUAGGCAGUGGUAUGCCCUUAUUUUAUGAGGUGCUAUUGGCAGCAAAGGCACUUAUGGACAACGGAGAAAAAUUAACAUUACCACUGAUAGGGAAGCUCUUAAAAUUUCAGCUUCUCCAGAUUAAAGCGAAGGACCAGCAGCGACGAGAAAGUGAGAAGAAGACGGUAGAAGACAGAUUUAAGUUAGAGAAAGAAAAGGGGAAAGGAAAAUCUCCCAAAGAGAAGAAGACCCCAAAUGCCAAGGCUGCCAAAGGAGGAGGAAGUGUUACAGGAGGAGGCGGGAAAGGAAAGGAUCAGCCUGAGAUAAGCACAGUAGUGAAGAAGACCACCGACUUAAAACGGAGGGGAGAGGAAGAUGAAACCAAGCGCUACAUUGACGAUGAGCCAGAUGAUGGUGCCCAGCAUUACAUUAUAGUUGUAGGCCUCAACAAUCCUCAACUAUUAGCGAUUAUGACUGAGCUUGGCAUUCCCAUAAGCAGCGUGAUUAAAAUAUCUUCAGAGAAUUAUGAACCUCUGCAGACACACCUGGCAGCAGUUAGCCAGCAGCAGGAAGUUUUUCUUCAGCCAGAAGAAAUUCAAGCUGUAAAAUUGAAGAAAGGAAAUGCCAUAAAAGAACUUGAAAUCUUCUGGAAGUACUUGGACCCAAUCCUGAAUAAUGAGAAACCUGAGACAAAUCUCUUUGAUGUUGCUCUGCUUGAAUACAUGGUCAAAGUUGGGGACUUCCCUUCAGACUGGGCAGACAUGGACAUGAUGAUGGAAUUAGGUACUCUUAUAUUUGAAAAUGUUGCCUGUUUGAUGUAUGACUGUCUGGAUUGGAGAAGACAACACCAGCACUACUUGGAAAGUAUGGAGCUUAUUAAUGUCCCACAAGUGGUUCCAGAGAAACCCAUCUUAGAGACCUUGCUGAUAUCUGAGGCACCACAACCUGUAGCUCCAACAGCUGGAAAGAAGAAAGCACAGUAUGAAGAACCACAUGCUCCACCACAAGUGAUUUUUGUCAUGACAACUGAAGUAGACAUGAGAUAUUACAAUGACUUGCUAAAUCCAAUUCCAGAAGAAUUCAUUUCGGUGCCCCUGAUAGUGCACUGUAUGGUGGAGCAGGUUGUGGCAACUGAAGAUGAUCUGGUACCUCCCAGCCUAGUGGAGCCACGUCCCAGAGAAGAUGGCUUAGACCACAGAAUUGCAACCCACAUUGUGUCUAUCCUGCCCUCUCUCUGUCUCUCAGAGAGUGAGAAAAAGAAUCUGCACAAGAUAUUCUUAUCAGAAGAAAAAGAAAAUGAACGUAAAGCAGUGCCCAAAGGCCCUCUCCUACUAAACUACCAUGAUGCACUUGCCCACAAGAAGUAUGCACUAAAGGACCAAAAGAAUUUCGAUCCAGUUCAAAUUGAGCGGGAGAUGCAGUCCAAGUUGCCACUGUGGGAAUUCAUUCAGUUCCCAUUGCCCCCGCCAUGGAACAGUACUAAGCGUCUAGCUAUGAUUCAUGAGCUCAUGCACUUUUGUACAAGUGAUGUCUUAAGUUGGAAUGAAGUAGAGCGAGCCUUCAAGAUAUUUACAUUUGAAUGCCUGAAACUAUCUGAAGUUGAUAAUGAAGGGAAACUGAAACCUUCUAGGAUGAUGGGUGGCACUGAUUCUGACAUCUUCAAUAUACCAUGGGACCACCCUGCCAGAUUUGCUAAACAAAUAAGAGAGGAACAUAUGAUGAAAAUUAGCAGUCAAAAUGCCAAGGACAAAAAAGAUAUUGACACCAAAGUUAAAACAAUAUUUGUGGAUGACACUUGGUUCAAAUUGUCACAAGAUGGUGAAACAAAAGAACUUUCGGAUGCCCCUCAGCCUGACACAAAUGAUAUGAAGCAGUCUAAUUCAACUAGUAUAAAACCGUUAGACUCUGAUAAUAGAGAGCUGUCAGAACUGGAGAACAGCAGCACAUAUACAUGGAUCCAAUCUGACUCCUUGGAGCAGACCACGGACAGCGAGAUCAAAGAUGAAGCAGUCACGCAGGCUGGUUCUAUUGAAAAGAAACCUAAGAAGAUGACAGUGGAAGCCAGUUUGGAGGACAUAAAGAAAACGCAGCAGCGCAGUCUAAUGGACUGGAGUUUUACUGAACAGUUUAAACCAGAAGUACUGCUUCAGGUUCUUCAAGAAGCCAAUCAGCAAUACAAGUGUAUUGAUUCAUAUUACCACACACAAGACAACUCUUUACUCUUAGUCUUUCAUAACCCAAUGAAUGAACAGCGACUACACUGUGAAUACUGGGAUGUUGCUCUCCACUCCAAUGUUGGAUUCAGAAAUUAUUUGGAACUUGUUGCAAAGUCUAUUCAAGAUUGGGUCACAAAAGAAGAAGCUAUAUAUCAGGAAUCUAAAAUGGCUGAGGAUAUAGCUAAGAUCUAUGCUGAUGCAGAAAGCAAAAUGGCUAGCAAAGCAUCUUUGCCAAGCAAAAAUAUUUCUCCUAAAAAAUCUAAAAGUAACAAAGGAAUGAGCAAAGCGGAUGUAUCAGAGAGUGAAAAGGAGAGAGAAAAAGAGAAGGAAAAGCUUUCUUUCGUUUUAGAAGGUUCUCUUAAGGCGUGGAAGGAAGAGCAGGAGCGAUUAGCAGAAGAGGAACGCUUAAGGGAAGAAAAAAAAGCAGAAAAGAAGAUUAAACAAGGUGGAAAAAAGAAAGGCAUGGAUAAGGCAGAAAAAGAAGAUAAUAAGAUAAUAAAGAAAAAAUCUUCUUUAAAGGAUAAAAGUAAAGAAGAAUCAUUAAAGAUCCUGGAACCAGUAGUUGAAGUCACGCAAAAGCCAGAACCUGCUAUCAUUUACCCGUUUCAAGGAUACAAUAUGGGAAAUAUACCUAUCCAAAUCUCAGGGACCAGUUACUAUCUGUAUCCUUCAGAUGGAGGACAGAUAGAAGUAGAGAAGAUAUCAUUUAAAAAAGGUCCAACUUUUGUCAAAGUGAAAGUGAAAAAGGACAAUCACAAUUUUAUGAUUCACUUAAAAGACCCUAAAACAAUUAAGAAAAGGGAAAAGCCAGAAGAUUAUUUUUCUUUAGAAGAUGAGAAGGAAGAUAAAAAUGAGGAGCCAAAGCCCAAAACAGAAAAAUCAGAUGUUAAGGAAAAGGCUAUCAGUAAGUUUGGAUCUUUUUCAGCAACCUUGGAAAAUGGAAUCUGCCUCUCAAUAAGUUACUAUGGAUCUACUGGAGUGGCACCAGAACACAAAGACCCCAAUUUGGAAACAAUGUUGGAUAUCCCCUCAGCACUUACUCCAACAAUGAUUCCUAUUGUAGUGACUGUUCCUCAAGGCAAACCAAAAGGAGGAAAAACAAAAGGCAAAGAAAAACCUAAAGGAUCCAUUAAAGAAGAGGAACACCCAAAAGAAGAAGAGAAAAAGGAAGAAGAUGAACCAGAACCUGUUGUGCAAGAGACUCCUUAUGUUCCUAGCUUUCAGAGUCUAAAUGUGUCGUGCCCCAAUGGGCUCCUACUGACCUUCCUUGGACAAGAGUUUUCAAAUCAAUAUAUCAGUGAUGAGGGACCCACUUGGGACAUCAUGAUCCGACAGAGCUACCCACAGAGGCUGAAACACUCUGAUUUCUACAAAACAGUGAUGCCACCCCUGGAGCAGGAAGCAUCAAGAAUUAUCACAAGCCAAGGCACUGUUGUCAAAUAUAUGUUGGAUGGCUCCACACAGAUUCUUUUUGCAGAUGGUACUGUGAGCAGUAGCCCUGAUUCAGGUCCUGUUUGUCUUCCUUCUGAAAUGCUAGCAAGCCCUCAUAGUGGAGAUUUAAUAGAAUCUACUUCUCAGCAAAAAUCAGAAACAGCUCCAUCUGAGACUGUCAUCACCAAGAAAGGGAAAAGUCACAAAUACCAGUCAUCAGUGGCCCACAAGAAUGAAAUGCAUGAACCUCCCCCAGAGAUGGUUCAAACAGUAACUCCUGUGGAGGUUCACAUAGGCACCUGGUUUACAACCACGCCAGAAGGAAAUCGGAUUGGCACCAAAGGACUGGAAAAAAUAGCAAACUUGACCCCGUUUUUAUCCUUUAAGGCCACAGAUCCUAUGAACGGAACGGUUAUGACAACCCGAGAAGACAAAGUGGUCAUUGUUGAACAGAAAGACGGCACUCGUAUAGUGGAUCAUGCUGAUGGCACCAGAAUCACGACAUUUUAUCAAGUUUAUGAAGAUCACCUUCCUCCAGAGGGUGAAGAUAUAACUGAAGGUUUUCAGACUUUCAUCAGGCAAGUGAAAUGUAUGCAGAUAGAGAGCGCUCACUAUGCCACGGUUAUCACCAACUGUGAGGACAGUAGCUGCUCUGCCACCUUUGGCGAUGGAACAUCUGUUAUUGCAAAGCCACAGGGAACAUACCAGGUGUUACCUCCAAACACAGGCUCUCUUCAUAUUGAUAGAAAUUGUACAGCUAUAUAUUGCCAUGAGCCAAGCAGUGAUCUAUACCAUCCUUUCCAAAAGCGCGAGCAGCUGAGAGCUAGCAGGUACAUCAUGACGCACACGUCGGAGAUUAUUUGUGAGGUCAUAGAUCCCGAAGGAAACAUUUUCCAGGUCAUGGCUGAUGGGACUACAUCAACUAUGUUACCAGAACAAAACUUCGAAGAGGAUUUAAGUUCAAACAAUGAGGGCUAUGAUAGUCUAUCAUCUUCUCACCUCCAGAAGAAUCAUCUGCAAAUCUAUGGUGAACAUGUCCCCAGAUUUUUUAUUGUCUAUGCUGAUGGAUCAGGAGUGGAACUUCUUCGAGACAGUGACAUAGAAGAGUUUCUAUCUUUGGCAUAUGGAGAAUCCAUGACUCUAGUUCGUCAAGAGCCAGUACAGGAACAGCCAGGUGCCCUGAGCAUCACUGUCCUUCGUCCUUUUCAUGAGAUAUCACCAUGGAUAAUGAAGAAGAAAUUAGACACAAUUGUUCCCCCUAAUCUCCAAUCAAGGACAUGGGAGACAUUCCCCUCGGUUGAGAAAAAAACCCCAGGACCUCCAUUUGGUACUCAGAUUUGGAAAGGUCUUUGCAUUGGGUCCACACAGCUAGUAAGUGCCCCAGCCCCCAUACUCAAGAAUCCCAGUAUACUCCAGGUUCGCCAGUUCAUCCAACAUGAGGUCAUACAAAAUGAGCUGAAGCUGAUGCUGCAGAUCUCCCUCAAGGAUUACAUAAACCAUAUCUUGAAGAAAGAAGAUGAGCUACAGGAAAUGAGAGUGAAAGAUUCCAGAACGGAGGAGGAGAGAGGCAACGCUGCAGAUCUCCUUAAGUUAGUCAUGUCUUUCCCCAAAACAGAGAAAACUACAAAAAUUCAUACUACUGAAGUUGCAGCCCACCUAGUCAAUUUAUACAAGCAGUAUUUGGAUAAAACUCCGGAGUGUUUACCAGAAUCGCUUACUAGUGAUUUGUUUGAAAAACAAUGGAGGAAUGAAAUUGAAGAAACAAAAAAAUAUCUAACAUGUAUUAGGAACAAAACAAUACCACCGUACUUCAAAUCUGAAUUGAGCAACUCAUAUCAGACUCAGUUUAAUUAUCUAGACAGCCUUUCCAAAGAACUACCUCCUUUGAUGAGGAAAGGUGAGGAUGUAAACAACAUACAUGCUCCAAAAACAUCUACUCCUUCAGAUUUUAGUCCACAUACGGCGUCAGAGCUAGAAUCACCGGAUACGCUUAGUCCUCCAAAAUCACAGAGUUCUGUGACAAGCUGUAAGUCUACUACUCAGGACCAAGAUAAAAUUUCAACAGCAUCUACAUACGAAUCAGAAUAUUCUACACCCCUGAAAAUUCCAACUCAGUCGUUGCUGCAGGAUGUUAUGGGACAAGUGAGGAAAGAGAAAGUGAAAUUGCCUCAUUAUUUCCUGAGUGCCAAGCCCAGAUCUCAACCUCUUUCAAAGGUGCAAGAUUCUGUCGGAGGAAAAGUGAACACAUCUUCUGUUGCCUCGGCCGCCAUUCGUAAUGCAAAGUCAUCCCCGUUUGGGUUCCAUCUCUUCCCAUCAGCAGUAAACUUUGGAGUUCUUAGAGAAGGAUAUACCUAUGCAGUCAGCGUAAAACUCAAGAACAUUGGUGUGGAUUUCUGCAGGUUCAGAGUGAAGCAACCACCACUUAGCACGGGAAUCAAAGUGACAUAUAAACCUGGGCCCGUGGCUGCUGGUUUGCAGAAAGAACUAAAAGUGGAGUUAUUUGCCAUGGCUAUUGGGGAUGGUGGGACCAAAGGCGUUUCACACAUCUCCCAUAAUAUUGAAAUUAUAACUGAGCAUGAGAUUCUGCUCUUACCUGUGGCAGCAACAGUUUUAACAAAUAUGAAUUAUGAUAACAGACCUAAAGAUUUUCCUCAAGGAAAAGAAAAUCCCAUAGUCCAGAGAAUAUCUACAAUUCCUUCUGCUGCACUUGGAGUCUUCAUAUCUCAUAAAAUUUCUACAAAUUAG